UUGGUGCCCUUGUGGCAUAUCCCUCGUUAUACCGGAAGCAGUGCUCACUAGACUCAUAUUUCAGACGCACGUGGGGCCGACUAGACAGGGAACAUAAACAUUACAACGAUUGCUUUUAGAAACAAGUUACUCUUCUUGAUUUGGGCUACGCAUCUAGCCAUGAUGUACGAGGGCGGAGCUCGGUGGGCAAUCAUUGCUUUGCUCCAGUGCAUGCUGGUCUUGCCUGGUAACGAGGCUGCGGUGAUCGUCUCAGUUCGCUUGAUGACGUAUUCUAACCCUCAAAAUCUGGAUAUUAAUGGCGCUUGCUGUGAUCCCGGAUGUGCCAGGUGUAACUACUUUUUUGAGCUUUGUGUGGCAGAGACUAGACACGCAUGCGUCAUAUCCGGGACAACAGAUCGGUGGAACAACAUUAAUGAUAUCGUGUUUUCGACGGGAGCUUUAGGAGGAAACCUACAGAACCCCAUGAUUGCCACACGACCCUCGUGGAAGGGUACACUACAAGUCCGAGUGGUUGUGCGCGACUACGAUUACAUGACGACUGCUGAUCUGGUUGACCGCUUCUCUCUGAGUCGCCAACUGGUACCUGAGGCUGGAAUGCUGCCUCAAGUUUGGACGGAGACUCAGCUGACGGGGAAGUCAAGCAGCAUGGUGAUCCGGUACAGCGUCCAGUGCACCCGAGACUACUACGGACCAAACUGUACCACCCACUGCAUACCACGUGACGGCACCAGCGGCCACUACACCUGCGACCUCAAGACGGGGGGUAGGGUCUGCAGACCGGGUUGGCAUGGGCCUCAGUGCAGGGUCUAUUGUAUACCACGUGAUGAUGACGUCAAUGGACACUUCACGUGCCAGACUGGGACAGGUCUCAAGAUCUGUCUGGCUAACUGGUACGGGGUUUUAUGCAAAACAUAUUGCGCACCAAUCAACAACUCCGACGCGGGCUAUAAUUGUGACGUCACUGGGUCACGUGUAUGCCUUCCCGGAUGGUAUCCCAGGGAACAAUGCGAAACCUUAUGUAUUCCCCAUAAUGAUUCCACGGCGAGUUACACGUGUGACUCGCAAACUGGUUCCAAAACCUGUUUGUCUGGUUGGUCUGGUCCGGAAUGCGACUGUCGGCCGAGGCUUGAUGCCAGCGCGGGAUAUACAUGUAACGAGACAACGGGACAAAAAAUAUGUUACCCUGGGUGGUACGGGAGAAAUUGCAACGUUGCAUGCUUCCCCCGGAAUGACUCUACUGGACACUAUAACUGUAAUGCCGAUACGGGGGCCAAGGAAUGCCUGGAAAGCUGGAUAGGGGAGCAGUGUGAUGUUUACUGUGUUCCGGAUAAUCAGACUCAUAGUUGCCUGGCGAAUGGGACAAGGAAGUGCCAGCAGCACUGGUAUGGGCAACAAUGUCACGUGUUCUGUCAGCCCCGCCCUAUCCAAUACACCUGUCAAUCAACGACUGGGGCAAAGGUCUGCUCACAGGGGUGGUAUGGGGAGGACUGUAGCACGUUUUGUAAAUCACGGGACUCGGACUGGUUUGGUCACUUCGACUGUGAUAGAAAUGGCAGUAGAGUCUGCCAUAUGUAUUGGCAUGGGCCUGAAUGCAAAGCGUACUGCAAGCCCCAUCGUAACAGUACGCUAGGAUACUACCGCUGUGAUGAUCAUGGGAACCCUGUGUGCGAGAGAGACUGGUAUGGAACAAAGUGCACCGUGUAUUGUAGACCGAGAGAUGACGAAGAAGGUCAUUACAGUUGUGGUGCAGUGGACGGGAGAAGAGUUUGUUUGGAGGACUGGUACGGGGAAAACUGUACGGUGCAUUGUGUGGCUGAUAAGGAAGGACACUUCACGUGUGAUGGGAAGACAGGGCAAAGGGUGUGUCUACCUGGAUGGGGAGGUCAAGACUGCCAACAAGCUCUGCCGACUACGCUCCCUUCAGAAGUUCCAACGUCCCCACCCCUGACGGGGAAAAGCAGUAACCAGUCAUCUGAAGGCAUGUUCGGUGACAUGGAGCUUGCUCUCAUACUCGGGGGAUUCAUUCUCUUCAUAGUGCUUACCACUGUCACUGCUGUCAUUGUAUCAAGUCGCAGACAAAGCAGAAGUGCAGCUAGACAGUUUGAAUAUAAACGCCAGACCAACAGUCCAGAUCUCAGCCGAACUGACCCAUCCUCGAGUCCUGUGGAACUCCACAUUCCAACGCCACAACCUGCGCCAAUAUUGAAGGCUUCAAAGAAGGGUGCUGAAAGCAGCAUAAAAAAUCUAUUGGCUGAGUACGAUGACUUGGAAGCACAGAAAUCUAUUAACGAAAAUGUCUACAUCACACUGAAGGAGGUUUCAUGGGAUGACGAAGGAAGUCGACGGGUUGAUAACUCGCUAGUGAUGUACAACAACCCGCUGUUCGUGGAAGCGCGAAAAAAAGGCGCGAAGAAGAAGGAGUCACGAGUGGAUCCCAAAACUGGGCUACGAGAUAAUAGCGACUGGGUUGACAUCUUUAACUCAUACCGAGAUGAUUCAUGCUAAUCAAAUACUUUUAAAAACCGACGACUAUGGACGAAUUCUCAUCCAUUUUGACAACGUCAGUCGUCCGACUUGCAUGACACUGUUGUUGUUGUUGUUUUUUUAUAUAUAUAACUUGUCGUGCAUUUCUUGAAUCUUUGAAAUUUAGUUGAGCCGUUUAACUCUAAAAUGGUUUAGAUUCACCGUGAUUUAAGCGGAUUUCAUUCACUUGAGAUGAGCAUCUCAUAUUUAUAGUGUUUUAUAGCCUACGAAACCAUGCGUCGCGCAAGUCGGAUCGACAGACUUUAACUGACUUGAAGACACGAAGGAGCUGCGAGCUCGAUGACGAGUAUCUCUUUUUAACUCGAUGAAGAGUAGUUUUAUAUCUGACGAAGGUAGCUAUUAAGCUGUCUAAAAAAAUAAUUACAAUUUAUAUAGACAACUGUGGCUCAAACAGGAAUUUGAUAAUUUUUUAGCUAAAAUGAUAGUAUUGGCUGAUUUUGUUCCUGUAUAGAAUUGAGAAUAUGUUAUUAAAUAUUAGUGGUUGAAGUAUGAUAUUAUUACUGUGUCGAAUCUAUCUACAACGUUUGAAAUUUUAUUUUUUGUAACAAUCUUUGGAAAAAAAUAAAGAUUACUUAAAGCUCGUAAAGAA